GGCUCCUUUUUUGAACGCUUUUGCUCGACAUCAGAUGCUCCCUGUGCGGGCUGAGGAGGGGAGCAGGCAGCCGGCGCUUCUGCAAAGAGGGGGGGGAUUUCUGCGGUGAGCGGAGCCGAGCGCGCAACUUCUCUCCAGUCCCGCUGUCGCUGCGCAGCUGCCGGAGUUUCCUUUAGGAUUUCCUCCUUGUGACAAAAGCGAGCUGGACUUUACUUCAUCUGCCAACAUGUAUUCAGCAGCACUGCUACUGAUGCUGGCCGUCAGGAUCUACGCAGACAGCAUGGAGGGGCCAACAGCUGGCUGCACCUUCGAUGAGGACUCGGACCCUGGCUUGUGCGAGUACCGGCAGGGACAAGAUGACGACUUUGACUGGCAGCUGAUCAGGACCUACAACUGGCCACACCCGACCCCAGAUCUUCUACGAGGGUCCUUCAUGGUGGUCAACUCCUCGCAGCAUUUCGGGGGCCAGCGAGCUCAGCUGCUCCUGCUCCCCCUCAGCGAGAACGACACCCACUGCAUCCAGUUCAGCUACUUCCUGUACAGCCGCGACGGCCACAGCCCCGGGGACCUGCAGGUCUACAUCCGGGUUAACGGGGGCCCCAAGGGCAGCGCUGUGUGGAAUAUCUCGGGCUCCCAGGGACGCCAGUGGCACCAGGUGGAGCUCGCUGUCAGCACUUUCUGGCCCAGUGAAUACCAGGUCAUCUUUGAAGGGACCAUUUCCGAAGAACGACAGGGCUACAUCGCCUUGGACGACAUUGUGCUGCUCAAUUACCCUUGUUACAAGGUGCCUCAUUUCUCUCGGCUGGGUGACGUGGAGGUGAAUGCCGGGCAGAAUGCCUCAUUCCAGUGUGUCGCCACGGGCAAAGUUUCUGAGAUUGAGCCCUUCCUCCUGGAGCGGAGAAACAGCGUGGUGCUGGACACAUCCCUGCUGUCGAGGUUGAGCCACAAGCGGCUGAUGGCGUCUUUCCAUGUCGAGGCACAGCGUGGGGAGCAGGACCUGUACCGCUGCAUCACUCUGUCCCCCAGGGGCGCCGCCGUCUCCAACUUUGGAGAACUCAUUGUCAGAGUGCCCCCAACACCGAUUGCUCCCCCUCAGCUCCUGCGGGCAGGCCCCACCUAUCUGAUCAUCCAGCUCAACACCAACUCCAUCGUGGGGGAUGGACCGGUCAUUCGGCGGGAGAUCCAGUACCGGGCCAGCCAGUCCACGUGGACGGAGACUCACGGUGUGGGCUCACUUACCUAUAAGAUUUGGCAUCUGGAGCCAGACACAGAGUACCGCAUCAGUGUCCUGCUCACCCGGCCCGGGGAAGGGGGAACAGGAGCACCUGGACCCCCUCUGACCAGCAGGACAAAGUGUGCAGAGCCCAUGCGAGCCUUGCGGGGUCUGACGGCUGCAGAGAUCCAGCCCCGGCAGCUGGCCCUUCAGUGGGAGCCGCUGGGCUACAACCUCACCCGCUGUCACACCUACUCCUUGUCCCUGUGCUACCGCUACUCGAUGCCGACAGGGGGCAGCGGCGGGAACAAUGCAACCGUCAGAGAGUGCCUGUCCGUGGACCGUAACACCUCUCACUUCACCCUGAGAGACCUACCACCCUUCCGCGCAGUCCACGUCCGGCUGGCGCUGGCCAACCCUGAAGGCAAGAAGGAGAGCAGAGAGGUCACCUUCCAGACUGAGGAAGACAUUCCUGGCGGCAUCGCUUCAGAGUCCCUGACCUUCACCCCGCUGGAUGACAUGAUCUUCCUCAAGUGGGAGGAGCCCGUAGAGCCCAACGGUCUCAUCACGCAGUACGAGAUCAGCUACCAGAGUAUCGAGUCGUCGGACCCGGGCAUUAACGUGCCAGGUCCUCGUCGCACAGUGUCCAAGCUGAGGAACGAGACCUACCACAUGUUCUCUGGCCUGCAUCCAGGAACCACCUACCUGGUGUCAGUCCGAGCCCGAACCGCCAAGGGGUUUGGCCAGACAGCGCUCACCGAGAUCACAACCAACAUCUCUGCCCCGGUGUUCGACUAUGAAGACAUCCCCUCACCGCUGAGUGAGUCGGAGAGCACCAUCACUGUGCUGCUGCGCCCUGCGCUGGCGAGAGGUGCUCCAGUCAGUGCCUACCAGGUGGUGUUGGUGGAAGAGGAUGGUUCCCGUCAGGUGAGGAGGAGGGAGCUGGGCACCGUCGACUGUUUCCCCACAUCAAACUCUCACAGCGAGGCGCAGGCCAAAGGGGCCCCGCACUACUACACAGCCGAGCUGGCCCCCAGCAGUCUGCCCGAGGCCACGCCCUUCACUGUGGGCGACAACCACACCUACAACGGCUACUGGAACAGCCCUUUAGAUCCCACCAAAAACUACCUCAUCUACUUUCAGGCCACCAGCAACUUCAGAGGGGAGACCAGAAUAAACUGCAUUCGGAUUGCUCGCAAAGCUGCCUGUAAGGACUCCAAGCGAGCUCUGGAGGUAUCCCAGCAUGCCGAAGACAUGGGACUUAUCCUGGGGGCCUGCGCCGGUGGUCUGGUGGUCCUCAUUCUGCUUCUCGGGGCCAUCGUCAUCAUCGUCAAGAAGGGGAGGAAGAAGGUGGCCAUAAACAAGGCAGCCAUGUCCUACAGGCAGGAGAAAAGUCGGAAGCUGAGCUCUUUAGACUGCAGCAUGACGGAGCAGAGCACUCUCCAGCAGGAUGAGAAGAUGGCCCACUCCUUCAUGGAUGCCCACGGCUGCAACGCUCGAAAUGAGCAGCGUAGCUCCGUCAACGAGUCCAGCAGCUUACUGGGAGGCUCGCCCCACCGUCACUGUCGGAGGAAGAGCUCGCCUUAUCACACGGGUCAGCUCCACCCUGCAGUGAGGGUGGCUGACCUCCUCCAGCACAUCAACCAGAUGAAGACGGCUGAAGGGUAUGGCUUCAAACAAGAAUAUGAGAGUUUUUUUGAUGGCUGGGACGUCACGAAAAAGAAGGACAAGACCAAAGGAAGGCACGACAGCCUGCUUAACCAUGAUCGCCAUCGAGUCAAGCUUCACUCUCUGCUUGCAGACCCCAGCUCCGAUUACGUCAAUGCCAACUACAUAGACGUGAGUCACCCACACUCCUAUUUCUUUCUCCUGCUUCGCCUCCCACUCCCUCGUCUCUGUCUAUGCUUAGCCCACAGCUCCGCCAUAAGAGCUCGUACCAGUCAUCUUCUAUUGUUGUGGUUGACCCGGUGCUUGACCAGAAGACAUUAUAUCUCCUCCUCUACAGGCCCCAAGCAGGAGAUGAUCUAUGACUUCUGGCGGAUGGUUUGGCAGGAGAACUGCUUCAGUAUUGUCAUGAUCACCAAGCUGGUGGAAGUGGGCAGGAUGAAGUGCUGUAAGUAUUGGCCUGAUGACACUGAGCUCUACGGUGACAUUAAAGUAACGCUACUUAAGACAGAAACACUGGCUGAGUACACUGUGCGCACCUUCGCUAUGGAAAGGAGAGGUUACCCUGCCAAACAUGAAGUGUGCCAGUUCCACUUCACCUCCUGGCCUGAGCACGGGGUGCCGUACCACGCUACCGGACUGCUGGCUUUCCUGCGCCGGGUCAAGGCCUCGACACCUCCUGACGGAGGGCCUGUGGUGGUCCACUGCAGUAUGGGGGCAGGCAGGACCGGCUGCUACAUUGUGCUGGAUGUCAUGCUGGAUAUGGCUGAGUGUGAAGGAGUGGUGGACAUCUACAACUGCGUCAAGACUCUCUGCUCCCGACGCAUCAACAUGAUCCAGACCGAAGAGCAGUAUGUGUUCAUCCAUGAUGCCAUUCUGGAGGCCUGUCUGUGUGGAGAGACUGGCAUCCCGGUUAAUGAGUUUGUCCUAACCUAUAAGGAGAUGUUAAAGGUUGACUCUCAGAGCAACACCUCGCAGCUCAGAGAGGAGUUUCAGACUCUGAACUCGGUGACCCCUCACCUGGAUGUGGAGGAGUGCAGCAUUUCUCUGAUGCCGAGGAACCGCGAGAAGAACCGCAGCAUGGACGUCCUGCCGCCGGACCGCUCCCUGGCCUUCCUCGUCACCAGCGAGGGAGAAAGCAGCAACUACAUCAACGCAGCGCUCGCAGACAGCUUCCUCCGGCCCGCCGCCUUCGUUGUGACGCCGCACCCGCUGCCCAGCACCACCACUGACUUCUGGAGGCUCCUGUACGACUACGGCUGCACCUCGGUGGUGAUGCUAAACCAGCUCAACCAGUCCAACUCUGCCUGGCCUUGUCUGCAGUAUUGGCCCGAGCCGGGGUUGCAGCAGUUUGGGCCGAUGACGGUGGAGCUUCUGUCCAGGACAGCCGACGAUGACGUGAUCAUCCGUCUCUUCCGGGUUCAGAACAUCACUCGGAUUCAAGAAGGCCAGCUUGUGGUGCGUCACUUCCAGUUCCUGCGCUGGUCCCCGUACCGUGACGUGCCCGACUCCAAGAAAGCCUUCCUCAGCCUCUUGGCUCAGGUUCACAACUGGCAAAUGGAGUGUGGAGAGGGACGCACCAUCGUCCACUGUCUGAAUGGCGGCGGUCGAAGCGGCACCUUCUGUGCCAGCACCAUGAUCCUGGAAAUGAUUCGUCACCACAGCAUGGUGGACGUGUUCUUUGCUGCCAAAACGCUGCGCAACUCUAAGCCAAACAUGGUGGAGACAAUGGAGCAGUAUCGUUUCUGCUAUGACCUGGCCAAGGAGUACCUGGACUGCUUGGAAGUCAGAUAGCACCAAUCCCUCACUUCUCGUCCCUCUUUUCGAGGAGAAGGUCUGGAUCCUAGAUCCAGUAUCCUGGAUCUGUGCUCCUGCCUCCUUUGUCCAUGUAUACAGCUCUGGUUGUCUUCUUCGCCAUGCCCGGAUGAAACAUUGUCUGCCGUAAAGACUGAUUGAGAAAGCUCACUGGACAACAUGUAACAUACUGCUGACACCCUUUUUGCUUUUCCUCGGGCACUCUGAUCCAACCUGUACUUGUUUGUGCCACUUUACAGUACAUCUGCCAAACCAGAGGACAUGUAACAGGAGUAGAGUUCAUUUUAUACACGGCCACUGUCAAGGCAGCCGGACUACCUGUCAUACACCUCAACGACAGGGGUUCAAAGAGCUCAGCUGUAUCCUGCCUUACAAUGAACAAACACUGAACGGGAACUACAGUUGAUGCCAACCACUGGGUGAUAUUUUGUGUUUGUUUGUAACACUGUAAAUGGUGCAAUCUGCUGUUGGUGAACAUCCCAUGUCGUACUGUACUAUAUUUGAACUUUAUCGUGGGUGAGGCUGACGAUUGAAGGUAAUCUGAGGGUGAAAAGGAAAGAAGUCGGUCACACCCGAUGGACAUAUCUGUACAAUAGAGUUGUCUUGGACCUACUUUCUCUUUAUUUAUUUUCCGUGUAUAUAGAUGUUUUUUUUCCUCCUUCCCUCGGGUGUUUCUAGAUGUUCUCAACGUCUUAUCAAUGUGCCAAUCCAUUCUCUCUUUGUCUGUAAAUGGGGACCUCUUCAGCAUCUGCAUGCCCAGUCUUAAGUGUUUCAUUGCAGUGUGUGUGGCCCAAGUCUGCUUUAGGAUGGAUUCUGCAACGCGAAUCCCUCCGCUACAGCGAGAGAGCUCCGUAAGAAAAAACGCCUGUUUGCUGUGAGAGUACGGCGAAGUUCAGUCGCUUUCUAAAUUUGUAUUUAUUCAAUGUGUUUUAUUUUCUAAAUAGUGCAUAAAACAGGAAAGUAAAUAAAAUAUGUUGUUGCUUAACAACCGUGAUUUUUUUUGGGGGAUUUCUUUGUCACAUCUCAUGACAACAAAGAUUCAAAAUGACAAAAGAGAGUGAAAUAAAAAAAAAAAAA